UUUCACUUUCUGAAGCUAUUUCAAAAAUAACAGCACUGCUCUUAUUUAAGCCAUGCAUAAAAGAAAAGCGCGUCAUUUGCUGUUAUUUUUGUUGUUUCUCUUAAAAGGAAUUUUCCCUCAGAUCACAGCAGGUGCAAAUUGCACUUCAAAAUCAGCCAAUGAGAAUUCCGAAUGCCGUUUAAUAAAUGGAGGAGAGUCUUAUGAGCCUGGUGAAUCGGAGAGUUGCACUUGCACAAAUCCUAAAUGUCAUGGUAAAAGCAGUUCUUUGAUUUGCAACGAUGAUGGACAGUGGUACUUUACGGCAAAAUCGGAUGGAACUAAAUUUGAGUGCCAUUCUUGCAAAAAUAUUGAUUGCGUCAUUAAAACAAAUCUUUUCCAUAAUUGCAUAGACGUUAAAAGGCAUUACAAAAAUAAUGAAGGAUAUUUGAAAUGCACAUGCAAAAGUGACAAUAAAAUAAAGAUAUUGACAAAUUGCGAUGCAGCGACAGGCGAUUUUAAAAUUAAAAAUGAAGUCGGAACACCCUCUAGUUGUGAUGAACCCACCCCAACCACAACAACUACUGCAACAACAGAAACUUUGUCCAGUAAUUCAUCUGAUCCAAAAAUGGAAAACACGAGAGCAGAUGAAUCAAGAAGAGAUGUGUUCAUUGACAUAAAGGAGAGCAUUCCCGAUAAUAUGGAAAAUGGUUUGGAUAAAAUAAUUCAUUUCCUGGACUUGCACAUGAAUAUCAUGAUCGUUCUGGUUUACAUCUGCGUCGCCGUAAUAUUAAUACUUUUAACCAUCCUGAGCUAUUUACUUGAGCGGUUUAAAAAAGAAAUGAAUCAGAUGAACACAAAAAUCUCCACUGACCUUGCAGUUCAGUUCAUAAAUAACUCUGAUCCAUAUGUAUUAAUUGUUAACUAAUUAAUUUAUUGUGUCAUUAUUCUGUAGAAGAAUGUCAACAAGAAAAGCGUUAAAAUUGAGAAUUUAAAUUUUUUUUCUCAGCUUUUUCUCUGUGGGUUUUUAGUGUGCGUCAGUUUGUAUAGCUGAAAAAAAUUAAUUAAUAAAAACUACAUUAAAAACCCGUUGCAAUAAAAAUAACUUAUUGCUAGAUAUAAAAAUAAUAUCUCAUAAUCUUAAAAAAGUGACGAAGCAAAUUAUAAAUUGUAAGUGUGUGAAUUUAAUAUUUUUUAUUUGGUGAAACAAUAAUGAGUAAAAUACUGUAUUAUAAAAAAUUGAUACUUCAAUCAAU